CGCACUGGAACGUAACUUCCUGCCCUAACCUGGGUAAGGAUAGAAUAUUGUCGUUGGGAAAGAUAUGGAGGAUUUCCGCACAUAAUAUUUCAUGAGAGAUGCUCCAGGAGAAAGCCUCAGCAGUGACGGAUGAGGCUGUGAAUGCAGCUCAGCCAAGUGGGCUUCCGGAGCUCACCACUGACUCCUCACACAUGGGUCUGCCUACAACUCCCAGCAUCCCCAGCAACAGUGAGCCUGAUCAGAGUAUAGAGAACAUCAAGGUGGUCCUCCAUGAAAGAGAACUGUGGAAACGGUUCCACGAGUCAGGAACCGAGAUGAUCAUAACCAAAGCUGGGAGGAGGAUGUUUCCCAGCUACAAGGUGAAGGUCACUGGCAUGAACCCAAAAACAAAGUACAUCCUCCUUGCUGACAUUGUUCCCGCAGAUGACCACCGCUACAAAUUCUGCGACAACAAAUGGAUGGUGGCAGGAAAAGCGGAGCCGGCCAUGCCUGGACGGCUGUACGUACACCCGGACUCCCCAGCCACUGGCGCUCACUGGAUGCGGCAGCUGGUUUCCUUCCAGAAGAUGAAACUCACCAACAACCACCUGGACCCUUUUGGCCAUAUCAUUCUCAACUCCAUGCACAAGUACCAGCCCAGGUUGCACAUCGUCAAGGCGGACGAAAACAACGCCUUCGGCUCCAAGAACACGGCCUACUGCACUCACGUCUUCCACGAGACCUCCUUCAUCUCUGUGACAUCCUACCAGAACCACAAGAUUACCCAGCUGAAGAUCGAAAACAACCCGUUCGCCAAGGGCUUUCGAGGCAGCGAUGAGGGGGAUCUGCGUGUGUCCAGAUUGCAGGGGAAGGACUACCCAGUGAUUUCCAAGAGCAUGGUGCGCCAGAGACUCAUAUCCUCACACGGUCACCUCGCGGGGAAACUGGGCGCAGGGAUGCUAGGAGGCCACCCACAGGUCCUGUCCCACUACCAGUAUGAGGGCGGUGUCCCUCUGUCCAGUGCCGAUGCCCAAGAGCCCCUUGGCAACCACUUCCCUUCCAGCCGGGAACCCAGCCUGCUCUACCACUGCUUCAAGCACAGAGACAACAGCGGCAGGCACCUGGAGCUGGGCUGCAAGCGGCCUUAUCUGGAGACCACAGCCCAGGGGGUGUCGGAGGAGCACUACUUCCGUCCCUCCUCGUCCUACGAGCCGCCCCUGCUGUCACAUCCCUACUGCGGGGAGGCGCUGAGCUCCAGAGAGGCCUGCAUGUAUGGGGGAGUGGAAGGAGAGGCGGGCCCAGGACCUGGAGCGGCAGGUGGGGAGGACUUGCCGCCGCCCUCGCUUAACUGCAACAUGUGGGCAUCGGUGCAGCCGUACCCGCGCUACAGCGUGCAGACUGUGGACGCCGUGCCCUACCAGCCCUUCGCGGCCCACUUCACCAGCUCGGCCCCGGUGGUGCCGCACCAUUCGCCCUCCAUGCAGCGCCCGCAACCCGCGCCCCCCGACCUGGUGUUUGGCACGCAGCGUGCUCUGCCCCCGGGGCCUUCCUACUCUUCCUCCUCCUCUUCCUCCUCCCCGCCUGGGACGAGCUCUCGAGAUCGGGUGGGUCACGCUUCCCUGUACCACCACCGGAAACCGGACUCGCCUCUCCGGACCCACAGGGAUUUUUCUGGCUUCGCAGCCCAGAGCCCCUCCGCACGUGACUCGGCCUAUCAAUAUCAAAUGGGACUGACUGGGGUAGGAGCUCACUGGGCUGAGAGCUAAAGAGGCACCUGUGCGCACAGAGGGAAAGUUCAGCACGUGGGCGCCUUACCUGUCAGAUGUGUGGGUGUGCCUCUGUGUCUUACCUUGGUGCUGCCCCUAAAAGCAUUUGCAAUUGAGAUUACGAUCUUAGACAGCCAUAGCGUCAGUGCCGAAUUGCACACUGAAGCCAUAGUUAGUGAGUGGGAGUCAUCCGAUCCAUGCAGUGUUUGCUCGGUCUGUGGUUUGUGCAAAUUAAAUAUUUAUUUCAGCUGGUUUAGGACAGUAUUUUAUGAAGAGGAUAAGGAAAUUGUGCAAAUCGUGCAAAGCACGAUAUCUUCAAAAUAAGCAGUGUAUGGUUCAUGGUCUUUUUGCCAACUCAGAAAAAAAACACAAGCACAACAUGUACAAAUUAUGCUCUUGACAUGCUGGGAUUGAAAACGUCUACAGUCUGAAACGUAUCCAUUUGUCUGGCCUAUAUUGUAUACACGUGAAUUUAUAUUUUAUGUAUGUGAAAAUAUUGAUUGAAGGAUUUGAGUGGACUAAAUAAGCUGGUGGGUUUAUGCAGGUGCAAACAUAAGUGCCAUUUUAGGUAACCGUGGUGUCCUAGUGGUGAGACAAGGAUUUGAUGCCCUGGCUCAACAGUACAAUUUGAUACUUGAUUGGACGUUUUCCUUAUGCAGUACUUUAUGUUGCACUAAACCAAGAAGAAAUAACACAAUUAUUUACAAGAAGAUAAUCAUUGUGAAAGAUUUAUCAGCCGCUCAUGAAUUAUUGUAAUAUUAUUAGAUAAUAGUUUUAGAUUAUAUAAGCAACCCUCAAUGUAUAAGGGUUCAAGGUUACAGAGACUGUUUUUUUUUGCCAAGUUAAUUUUCACUUUGGACUCAUGUUGACUUCAAGGCCUCACCAACAGUGUAUUUAUGCAAAAUCUACGCUUGAAGUUUAGAUUUUUCUUUGACCAAGAAAGAAUCCAGCAACUGAAGUGACCAGUGCAGUGUUUGCAAGAAUAACCCAGUGGAAAGACUGGAAGCAAACUGUACAGUUAUUUGUGGCUUAGACUGUAAGCAGGAACAACUUAGAGGAGAAACUGAACUGGGUCUGUUCUGGCAAAUGUUGGCACUAACCGAAAACAGUCUACAGCUCCUGGAAUGUCCGAAGUGGACCAUAGGUGUCUCCUCUCGCUCUCGCUCUCACUCUCUUUUCGGAGUUGGAUGAAGCUGGAGUGGACCCAUCUGAUCUGCAUCCUGGGCUCACUCUGACGCAGUCCAGAGCUGUGGGCCUCGGAGUGAGGGACAUCAGAGGAACCCCUUUCAACCAGAUGGGGGCAUAGGGGCCGCUCUUAAGCCACGAGGAGAGCCGAACAGAACAGAGCCGAGCAGAACAGAGAGCUCUGCUCAAAUCCCGGAUCCAAACGACUGAGUUGGAUCAGAUCCAGCCAGCAGAAAGCCACAAAGCAAGUCCUGAAAGUGUAGCAGACAAAAUGAAGUAAAGCCUGCACUAGCCUUGAAAACAUUAAGGAUUUUGGGGAGAAGAAAGAAAAAGAAAUACAUGGCAGUCUUUUGACCCAAUGUGUAUGGGAUUACUUUCUUUGAAUAUUUCAGUGUUUUUUUGCACACAUUUGUUGAAUAAAUUGUAUU